AUGGCCAACGUCGAAAUCUCCGCACCGCGGAGCACGAUUGCGCGCCGGCCCUCGCACUCUGGGGUCCCGGCGCCGCGCGAGGUGCGCUCUGUCUACAUCCCCUACCGCGGGGACAAGGACGUAGCGUCGCCGCUGCCCUCGCUCCCGCCGAGUGCUUACCCGAGUACGACGAACAUGGCCGACCUGAAGGACGAGUACGCACACGAGGAGGAGCGAGUCGGCACUCCGCCCCAAUCUUCCCCGGACAUGUCCCGGAACUCCUCCAUGGCCCAUUUCGACAUUGACGAAGCCGGGGGUCGCGAGCUGCCCUCCCUCCCACCUGUCGACCGAGGGGCCAAGGCGUAUUCCUUCCUCGCCGCCGCUACGCUCGUCGAGACGGUCGUCUGGGGUCUGCCCUUUUCCGCAGGCGUGCUGCACGAGUACUGGAUGUCACACAUGUUCCCGGACAACGAUUCGACGCUCACCAUGGCCGCGACGCUGCAGACAUCGCUGAUGUACAUGAGUGCGGCGUUCCUGGGACCAAUGUUUACAGCCAUUCCCCAGUGGUCCAAGCCGCUGCAAUGGGUCGGCCUCCUUGUCGCGACCGCGUCUCUGAUCGCGAGCGCCUUCGUCUCACAGGCCUGGCACCUGAUCGUAACCAUCGGCAUCUUCUACCCCUUCGCCGGCGCGCUGUACCUCCCCUGCGCGACGCUCGUGUAUGAGUGGUUCCAGGACCGCCGCGGCAUGGCGACCGGUAUCCAGAUGAGCGGUACGGGCGUCGGCGGGGUGGUGUACCCGCUCGUCGUAUCCGCCCUCCUCUCUCGGUUCGGGUACAAGGCUACCAUGAUCUCGCUGGGCCUCGGGUUCUUCGCGCUCAACGCGGGCGCGCUCUGCUUCAUCCGCCGCCGCAUCCCGCUCGGUAAAGGCGGAGCGAGGCGCAACCGGCCCAAGGUCGACUACAGCUUCCUCAAGCACCCCGCUGUCUGGAUCGGCAUGGCCGUCAUCAUGUGCACAUGCAUGGGCAACUUUAUCCCGUCGCUUUGGAUCCCGACUUUUGCCGACGUCGUGCACGCCCGCAAGCCGAAUGGAACCGCUCUCGUGGCUAUCAUGAAUGCGGCCUCUGUGCCGGGUAACGCUGUCAUGGGAUACAUCUCAGACAGAUACCCCAGCCGCUAUGUCGUUCCAGCCUCAUGCACCACGGCAGCCGUCGCCUGCCUCCUCCUCUGGGGCUUCAGCGCCGGCGUCACCGCCGAGGGAUGCCUCACUGCCUUUGCCGUUGUAUGGGGCUUCACCGCGCUCUCCUUCGUCGGCCUGUGGAGCAAGAUGAUCACCGUCAUCUCCAAGGACGACCCGAACCUCCCCGGUCUCCUCUUCUCCCUCUUCACCAUCCUGAAGGGUGUCGGCAACCUGACCUCCGGUCCAAUCUCGACCGCGCUCCUGAAGGGCGGCGCCUUCGCCGGCGCAGCCGGAGCGUAUGGCAAGACCAACUACGGCUCCCUCCUCAUCUAUACUGGCGUGACGACGUUUGGAGCGUCACUCUUCGCCGCCUUCUUCCCCAACAAAUAG